AUGGCAGGCAAAUCCGACAACGGCGAGAACGGUUCCGCUCCCGCAACCCCCAAGGCCGCUGCUGGUGGCGGCUUCAGUUCCCUCACCACCCGCGAGCAGGAGAUCCUGGCCAAGGCAAUGACCUGCCUCAAGUCCGCACCCGAGAUUGACUUCCCCAAGCUCGCAAGUGAGCUCGACAUGAAGAACCCUCGCUCCGCUGUCAACGCUUGGUCUCAGAUCAAGAAGAAGAUGGACUGGACGCUCAAGGGCCCCGCCAGCCCCGCUGUUGGUAAGACCCCCGCCGCCGGCAAGCGCAAGAUCGCGGGUGUCAACGAGGAGGAGGGUGACGACGACGACGAGACUCCGGCCCCGGUCAAGCUGGCCAAGAUCGCCCCGAAGUCACGCAAGAAGCUCCCCAACACCCCCAAGAAGGGCAAGGCCGUCGCCGCCGCCCCCAAGUCUCCUGUUGCCGUCAAGGACGACUCUGAGGAGGACAAGGUCAGCUCUGAGGACAAGGCCGGCGUCAAGGCCGGCGUCAAGGAGGAGCAAGUUGACGGCGAGGUCUAA